AUGGGUCUCUUUAGUAGGUUUGCGCCCAAGCCUGUGGCGCCAGUGGUUGGUGUUGCCACUCAGAACCAUACGACGAAUCUACCUCUUGAAGUCGAAGCUGAGAAGGGCGAUGUUAAUGCUCAGACUACGCUGCGACAGACAUCCCUGCGACCGGAUGUCGAGAGCGACGGUGAUGAUGAGCUGGUACACAAGGAGAACACCCAGUGGGGAGUGCAGAAGUCGGAGGCCGUCUGUCAAGUCUGGCCGAGGAGCGCUCUCUUCGCAGUCUACGCGAUUCGGCUCCCAAUACUGAUCACGAGCAGGAUCUGGAUUUUGUACUUCCUGGAUGCGCUAGAGAACACUGCGACUUCCCUGAUGCAACCUUACGUGCUGUCGGAUUUCGCCGCGCAUUCUCUCGUUGGUGUCACACCCAUUAUGGCCGGUAUUAUUGGUGGCAUUUGGCGAGUACCUCUAGCCAAGGUCAUGGACAUCUGGGGACGAUCAGAGGCGUACGCGCUUAUGGUCGGUGCUAUGACUCUUGGUAUGAUCAUGAUGGCAAGCUGUCAGAAUCCUGAGACGUAUGCUGCUGCUGAGGUGUUCAACUACCUUGGUGGCAACGGUCGCUCGGCUGUCAUGGCUAUUCUCAUCGCAGACACAUCGCAACUCAAGAGCAGAGGUCUGAUGUUCGCAUUCAUCGCCUCUCCCUACAUCAUCACCUCCUGGAUCGCCGGCUACUUCGCAAACACAUUCCUCGACAUCGACUGGCGAUGGGCUUUCGGCACCUGGGCAAUCGUCACUCCCGUCAGCAGCUUGCCUCUGUUCCUCAUCCUUCGAUACUACGAGCGUAAAGCGCGCAAGACAGGAAUCAUGCCCGAACGCCCAAGAAGUGGACGCACCGUCGUCCAGUCCAUCAAAUACUACCUCAUCGAGACCGACGCCCUUGGUCUGCUAACGCUUUGCAUCGGACUGGCUCUCUUCCUCCUACCCUUCUCAAUCUACACCCGCCAACCUGACGGUUGGAGAACCCCCUUCAUCAUCGCUCUAAUCAUCGUCGGCGCCCUCCUCAUCAUCGCCUUCGGUCUUUACGAAGCUUUCCUCGCCCCGGUCACCUUCUUCCCCUGGGCACUUCUCAAAGACCGCACAAUCCUCGGCGCCAACAUUCUCGCAGCCGUGCUCUUCGUCGAGUUCUACCUCUGGAACAACUACUUCAGCAGUUUCGUCCAGGUUGUCGUCGGUCAGGAUAUUGUGCGCACGGGUUACAUCCAGAACAUCUACAGCAUCGGAUCCUGUACGUGGUCCUUCGUUGCGGGCUUCAUCCUCUUGAAGACUGGUGGCUUCAAGUGGCAGGCUAUCCUCUUCGGCUGGCCUGUAACUGCUAUGGGUGUAGGACUCAUGAUCUACUUCAGACAACCCGGUGUUGGUGUUGGCUACAUCGUCAUGUGCCAGAUCUUCAUCGCCAUCGGCGGAGGCACUCUGGUUAUCUGCGAGCAAGUUGCCGGCAUGGCUGCUACGACGCAUCAAUUCGUGGCAAUGACACUGGCCAUCCAAGGCACCUCAUCGCAGAUCGGCGGUGCCAUCGGCUCAACCAUCGCCGCAGCUAUCUGGCAGGCUAAUUUCCCCGACAAGCUGUUGCAGUAUUUGCCAGUGGAAGUGUCGUCGAAUGCCACUGCGUUUGGGGAGAUUUACCAAAUGCUUGAUGUGCAGCUUAGUUAUGUGGGAACUCCUACUGGCGAUGCUAUUGUUAGGGCUUAUGGUGAUACGCAGAGGCUUAUGUGUGCGGCUGCUACGGGAAUUCUUGCGAUUGCUUUGGCUGCUAUUCUUAUGUGGCGGAAUAUUGAUACGAGGCAGAGGAAGCAGGUCAAGGGUAUGGUGUUUUAG